AUGCAGCGGGACGGCGCGGAGCAGGGCGGCUUCCCGUGGCCGGAGGGGCUGCCCGUGGCCGGCCCGGCGCUGCCGUUCCGCUGCCCGCGCUGCGGGGAGCGCGGCCGGUUCGACAGCCUGGCGGCCCUGCGGGCGCGCCUGCAGCACGGCCGCGGCCGCGGCGAGCGGCGGGCGCCGGCCGGGGGCCGCCCGCUCUUCCCGCUGCGGGACGCGGAGCCGGGCUCGCCGCCGGAGCCCUGCGGCCGGGGCGGCCCCUCAGGCCGCGGGGCGCCCCUCGCCGCUUUCUGCGACGCCUCCGGAGAGGGGCGGCCGGAGCCGGAGCCUGAGGCGGCCGGGCUGGCGCAUGUCAGGGCGAAGUUCAGCAGGAUGGUGGAGGCCGUGGACAAGACGAUGGAGAAGCGGCUCGACAGGCUGACCGGGGAGCUGGCCCAGAAGACGGCGGAGCUGCUGGAGGUGCGGGCGGCCUUCGUGCAGCUCUCACAGAAGAAGCAGAAGGUGCAGCGGAGGGAGCGGGUGCUCAGCAGGCAGGUGGACGUGGCGGUGGAGAUGAUCACGGCCUUGAAGCAGCGCCUCAGCGAGUUCGAGGAGGAGGCAGAAAAAGAAUUGAGGGGAAAAGCCAGGCUCCAGCACUUCAUUGAGAACCUGCUGCAGUGUGUGGACCUGGCGGAGAGGCAGCUAGAGUAUUACCAAAACCAGCAGAUCGCCUGCAGCCGUAUAGCAGAUGUUACACUCUCUUUCCUAAGUGUGAUCUGGGUGCCUAGCCGAUGCAUAAAACCAGCCGUUGAAGACGCAGGCGGCUGUCGCCAGAAGGAGAAUAUCGAGGAGCAAACAGCAGAUAGAGUCAGCAGAAAUGGCCUCGAAGCACUCAAACAUUGGGUGGCCGGGGAUGUACUGGGUUGGUCUCAUGCUGGUGAUGAUGGUAGGAGACGACAGUGA